AUGUCGUUCCCCGCAGAGACCGAAGGCUUCCAGGUCGAUGAGGCCGGCGCUCCUCCCGAUUUCUACCGCCGUUCUUUCAAGCUCAAGCCGGUUGGUGACUAUGAUGUCGAUAUUAAAAUCGACGCAUGCGGUGUUUGUGGAAGUGACGUGCACACAGUGACUGAGAUUGUCGGCCGUGCUGUACGGGUUGGGCCCAAAGUCACUCUCGUCAAGGUGGGCGAGCGAGUGGGUGUAGGUGCUCAGGUCUACUCUUGCGGAGAGUGCAAACAGUGCCAUGAGGACAAUGAGACCUACUGCCAGGUCAACCUGAUCAACACCUACGGCUCCCAAUGGCCUGGCACCGAUAUCAUCAGCCAGGGUGGCCUGGCAUCGCACAUUCGAACCCACGAAUUCUGGGUAUUCCCCAUACCAGAAUCGCUAAGCACCAAGUCAGUUGCGCCUAUAUUGUGCGCCGGAAUUACGGCGUACUCGCCCUUGGUGCGGCACGGUGCCAAAAAGGGCGCCAAGGUCGGUAUCGUUGGCAUUGGGGGUAUCGGCCACUUUGGUAUCAUGUUCGCUAAGGCAUUAGGCGCUGAAACAUGGGCCAUCUCGCGUUCAAGGGCCAAGGAGGCCGACGCUCGCGCAUUGGGCGCCGACGGUUUCAUUGCCACAGAGGAGGAGGGCUGGGAGCUUUUUCACCGCUGCUCAUUCGACUUGAUUGUCAACUGCGCAAACUCUUCUUCAGGCUUCGACCUCGCCCGCUACCUCUCCUUGAUGGACGUCCACGGCCGCUGGAUCUCCGUCGGGAUGCCCGAGGAGGAGGGCCAAGUCAUCAAGGCACAAAACCUUGUUUCCAAUGGUGUGUUGAUCGGCGCGAGCCAUCUGGGGAGUAGACGGGAAAUGCUUGAUAUGCUUAAGUUGGCUGCUGAUCACGGACUGGAGGGAUGGGUGGAGGAGGUUAAGCUAGGCGAGGAGGGCCUAAAAGAGGCUAUUAUGAGACUUAAGAGGGGUGAUGUCCGGUACAGGUUCACAGUCACUGGGUACGAGAAUGUUUUCGGUUGA